AAACUUGACAUCGAUCAACUUCCGGUGUCACGGGGUACCUGGAAGGCAGAGCAGAAAAAGCGGGCAUACAUACCGAAAUCUUAAUUGUUUUCUUUUGCCUCGAAUUUUUUAAAAGCGCAGAAACUUGGCUCACGGAGUCAAACAAAUGCAUCUUGUGGGCCUGUGACCCGCUGGGCUUUGCAUCUAGCUUGGACAGGAGUCUCAUUCAUUCGGUGGCCGUUGUCGCGACUUAGCCAGCUAGCUAACCAGCCCCCACGGCAGUGUGAGCAGCAGCGGGCCUUUUCUUCUGGACUUUGCUACAAGCUAGUUAGCUAUCAUUAGCAGGCUAGCCUGCGCGAACACGUUUUCCUUUCUCAGUGUAUCCUUGUAGGUUGGUGAGUGAUUACCACGGCGCCAAGGUGUGUGGCAGUGAUUAAGAUUAGUUAAUUUUGUAUUCUAAGAAGACGCCUGACCGAAGCUAACUUGCCCGAUUUACAUCUGCGAAGCGCUGGUAAUAAAAAGUGUGGAUCACUUUGUUGCUAGCUUAAGCUAGCCACAUCCAACUGAACAACGCAGUCCUCGAGAGCGCACUAGGCUUUGACCCAGACAUGUCGGACUUCGACGAAUUCGAAAGGCAACUUUCUGAAAACCACCAAGAAAGGGACAAAGAGAACCGCCAUCACCGCCGGUCCUCGUCCCGCAGCCGCAGCAGAGACAGGAAAAGGAGGAGCAGAGACCGGGACAGACGCAGCAGGGAUCGCCGUGCCGAAAGCAAAGAGCGCAGACACCGGCGCAGCUCACCAACCAGCUUCCCCCCGGACAAAGCUGGAAGCCGCUCUCCCCACCGCGAGAAGAAGAAGAAGGUGAAGAAGUACUGGGAUGUCCCUCCGCCGGGUUUCGAGCACAUCACGCCCAUGCAGUACAAAGCCAUGCAAGCGGCAGGUCAGAUCCCCGCCACAGCCCUCCUGCCCACCAUGACGCCAGAUGGCCUGGCUGUGACUCCCACCCCCGUUCCUGUGGUGGGCAGUCAGAUGACCCGACAGGCCCGUCGGCUCUACGUUGGCAACAUCCCCUUUGGGAUAACAGAGGAGUCAAUGAUGGACUUCUUUAACGCACAGAUGCGUUUGGGGGGUCUGACUCAGGCCCCUGGAAACCCUGUGCUGGCAGUCCAGAUCAACCAGGAUAAGAACUUUGCCUUCCUUGAGUUCCGUUCAGUGGACGAAACGACACAGGCAAUGGCCUUUGAUGGAAUCAUCUUUCAAGGCCAGAGUCUGAAAAUUCGUCGUCCACAUGAUUACCAGCCACUACCUGGCAUGAGCGAGAACCCCAGUGUCUAUGUGCCUGGUACACAAGCCAUUAAUGGUGUUGUUUCCACAGUGGUUCCAGACUCUGCUCACAAGCUCUUCAUUGGCGGUUUGCCCAACUACCUGAACGAUGAUCAGGUGAAGGAGCUUUUGACGUCAUUUGGCCCCCUGAAGGCCUUUAACCUGGUGAAAGACAGUGCCACAGGCCUAUCUAAAGGUUACGCUUUUUGCGAAUACGUCGACGUCAACUUGAACGAUCAGGCCAUCGCUGGACUCAACGGCAUGCAGCUGGGAGACAAGAAGCUCCUGGUGCAGAGAGCCAGCGUGGGUUCCAAGAACGCCACCCUGACGACCAUAAACCAGACCCCGGUGACGCUGCAGGUACCCGGCCUGAACAGCUCCGUGACCCAGAUGGGGGGUCUGCCCACCGAGGUGCUGUGCCUCAUGAACAUGGUGGCCCCCGAGGAGCUCCUGGAUGAUGAAGAAUACGAGGAGAUUGUGGAAGAUGUCAGGGAUGAGUGCAGCAAGUACGGCCAGGUGAAGAGCAUCGAGAUCCCCCGCCCUGUGGACGGCCUGGAAAUUCCCGGAACCGGCAAGAUCUUUGUGGAGUUCACCUCAGUUUUCGAUGCCCAGAAGGCCAUGCAGGGGCUGACGGGGAGGAAGUUUGCUAACAGAGUGGUGGUGACCAAAUACUGCGAUCCAGACGCUUAUCACCGCCGGGACUUCUGGUAGAGGGUGGGCGUCAAGAAAAGCGGGCGGGAGGGCGGGGAGGGGGGAGG